CCUGCUGCUGCUCGCCGCCGGGGCCAUGGAGUUCCUGCCGCCGUUCCAGCGCCGGGUGCAGCCCGAGGAGCUGUGGCUCUACAAACAGCCCUACCGGGAGGCGGAUCGCGUCCCCGCCCUGCCCAUGGUCUUCAUCGCCUUCCUGUCCCCCCUGCUGCUCAUCGUCCUGGCGAGGGUGUUCAUGGAUGCUGACCGAGAAGACACGCGGGAGGCCUGCCUCGCUGCCAGCCUUGCCCUCGCCCUCAACGGGGUCUUUACCAACGCCCUGAAGCUCGCCGUGGGGAGGCCACGGCCGGACUUCUUCUCUCGCUGCUUCCCCGACGGACGAGCCAACGUGGAGCUGGCCUGCACAGGAGACCCCGGGGUGGUGGCUGAGGGGCGCAAAAGCUUCCCCAGCGGACACGCUUCGUUUGCCUUUGCUGGUCUUGGCUUCUCUGCCUUCUACGUCGCGGGGAAGCUGCGCUGCUUCACCACGGGCCGGGGGAGCCGGGCUCUGCGCCUCUGUGCCUUCCUCCUCCCACUCUUCCUCGCCACCCUCAUCGCCGUGUCCCGCACCUGCGACUACAAACACCACUGGGAAGACGUGCUGGUUGGCUCAGCCAUGGGCUUCGUGCUCGCCUACCUCUGCUACAGGCAGUAUUACCCUCCUCUGGUGGACUCCCUGUGCCACAAACCGCUUCUGUACAAAUCCAGACAAGCACCAGAGCACCAAGAGAAGGUGGCAGCUCCUGGUUUUCCCCUGGAGAUAUAGCCAUGGGCUCCGUCCUGCCGGCACCUCUCCUGCUGCUCCCCCAGGGCUCGGGCAGGGGAAGGCUCUGGGGAGGUCAAAGUGGCUCAAAGGAGGAUGAACCCGAAACCCAAGCGGGCGUUCUCUGCAGAGCUGGUGAGUUUUCCUGCUCAGGGGCCCGUGUUGCUUCAUUUAACCCGAUUUUGGUGGCCUCCCUCCCUUCGGGGCCGCUGUGAAGCAAAGGAGGCGCUGGGCGUGGGAGGACAGCCCGGGAAGGAGAGGUGCUGAAGCAAGAACUGGAAAAUUGGGACAAUGUGGAGUGCCCUGUCCGGUGGGUCGUCUCGUGUCCGGGCCAGAAAGAGCCAUCGGUCCCCUCCCUCCCUUCAUUCCAGCCGAGCUCUCCUGUCCCCUCCCUCCUGGGGGGAAACCUGUGUCAAAAUGAACUGCGGGAUCUGUUCCUGGCACUGAGUU